AUAACGUUUGAUUUUGUUAGUAAUCGAUAGAAUUGGGUAUGUCCCGUAAAUCAGCUCAACGUCUCGUCGGGAUUAUUUUAGAUGUUCUUGAAGUCCGCUCCGCCAAAUUUAUUCGGGGAAACUGGAAACGAGGAAAUGCCAGACAUGUUUGUCCUGAUGGGUUGCUGACAUUGAGGACAGCCACCCUUCCCCAUUGUGCUUCCUCCCCCAUCAACAUCCCCCAUCGCACCUUCAUCAACUUGGCCGCACCCAUCACUCGCCGCAGAACCGAGUACGCCGAGAGUCGAAACUUAAGGUACACGCCAGAGCAGAUGUUCGACAUGGUGUCCAACGUGGAACAAUACCAGCACUUUGUGCCAUGGUGUAAGAGCUCUCGCGUCAUCAGCCGCAAGGGCGGCGGCAUUACAGCAGAGCUUGAAAUCGGAUUUCCACCCGUGGUGGAGCGCUACACCUCUGACGUCACCUUUGUCCCCAAUCACCAAGUCAGAGCGUUGUGCACCGACGGCUCCCUCUUCAGCCAUCUUGAGACAAUCUGGAGAUUUGAGCCAGGACCUAAAGACACACCAGACUCGUGCAAAGUACAUUUCUAUGUGUCCUUUGAAUUCAAAUCGCUGCUUCAUUCCCAAUUGGCCGGCCUCUUCUUCGAUGAGGUGAUCAAGCAAAUGGUCGGUGCUUUUGAGUCACGGGCUGCAGUGCUCUUCGGGCGCAAGCAGGAGCCAACCUUUAAGCGGAGGUCAAAAUGAUGUCCCCUACACACGAAGCUAUACUUUCAUAUAGAAUUAUAUUUAUUUAUUUUGACUUGUUUGUACACAAAUAGUUUUAAUCUGUUCACUGCUAGUUUUUUUAAAUUAAAAAAUCUUUUCUUUUA